AUGUCUUUGAUUCCAAGUUUCUUUGGUGGCCAAAGGAGCAAUGUAUACGAUCCAUUCUCUCUCGACGUUUGGGAUCCCUUGAAGGAUUUUCCAUUUCCAAGUUCUGCACUUUCUGCUUCAUUCCCUCGGGAGAAUUCUGCGUUUGUGAGCACACGAGUUGACUGGAAGGAAACACCAGAAGCGCACGUGUUCAAGGCUGAUCUUCCUGGGCUGAAGAAGGAGGAAGUGAAAGUUGAAGUUGAAGAUGAUAGGGUUCUACAGAUAAGCGGAGAGAGAAGCGUCGAGAAAGAAGAUAAGAACGACGAAUGGCAUCGCGUGGAACGUAGCAGUGGAAAGUUCUUGAGAAGGUUCAGAUUGCCUGAGAAUGCUAAAAUGGAACAAGUAAAAGCUUCCAUGGAGAAUGGUGUUCUCACUGUCACCGUUCCAAAAGAAGAGAUCAAGAAGCCUGAAGUUAAAUCCAUUGAAAUCUCUGGUUAA